GGCGAGCUUCUCCUGGCGAAACUCUAUGCCGUUGAUGCUGAAGGUUUGUGCUUUUUGACGAUCCCACUUCAGUCUUCCGGUUUCCAACUGGACCCAGGUUUGCAGAUCUUGAAUUGGAAGGGAGCAAUGGUAGCAGAAGCUUGGAUAGUGAAAAUGGGUAACCAGGUAAGCGCCAAUCUGAAGCACGCUCUUCUUCUUGAGCAUUCUUCGAAGAAGAAGAAGAAGAACCCCAAUAAGAAGCAUGAGACCAUUGGCAUACUCUCUUUCGAGGUCGCCAAUGUCAUGUCCAAAACCGUGCACCUGCACAAGUCCCUGACCGAUUCCGAGAUCUCGAGGCUCAAGAACGAGAUCUUAAAGUCGGAGGGUCUUUCUAAUUUGGUUUCCUCUGAUGAGAAUUAUCUCUUGGAGCUUGCUCUGGCUGAGAAGCUCGAUGACCUGAACAGGGUCGCCAGUGUUGUGUCGAGGUUGGGGAAGAAGUGUUGUGAACCCGCUUUGCAGGGGUUCGAGCAUGUGUUUGGGGAUAUUUUGAAUGGGGUAAUUGAUGUGAGGGACUUGGGGUUCUUGGUGAAGGACAUGGAGGGUAUGGUGAGAAAGAUGGAGAGGUAUGUGAAUUGUACUUCGAAUUUGUACUGUGAAAUGGAGGUUUUGAAUGAGCUAGAGCAAGCAACCAAGAAGUUUCAGCAUAAUCAGCACGAGGAGAGCCGUAGGGCUUUUGAGCAGAAAUUGAUUUGGCAGAAGCAGGAUGUGAAGCAUCUGAAGGAAAUUUCGCUUUGGGACCAGACAUAUGAUAAGGUUGUGGAAUUAUUGGCAAGGACGGUGUGUACAAUUUUUGCUAGAAUUCGUGUUAUAUUUGGGGACUCUGCUUUGACGGAGGAGAAGGACAGAGCUGGGUUCAAUGGUGGAAGUUCUGUUUCUCCGUCAAUGAAGGAUGAAUAUGGACAAGCUUUUGGCCAGGUUAAUGGGAGGCAUUACGGGCAAGAGCAAGUGGUUUCAGGGCAGUUGAGACGGGUUUUUAGUAGGAGUAGCAAUGUAUGUCAUUCAGGGCCUAUAGAUAGAACUAUGGUGGAGAAAAAGGUACUAAGCUUGAAGCCAAGAACUGAUUCUCGGAAGACUGAAGUAGCUAACUCUCGGGCUGAGGAUUUUAGUUUUCCUUGUGCGACUAGUCCUGGAAGGCUUUUUAUGGAUUGUCUUAAUUUAAGCAGUUCAGUUUCUAGGGUGGAUGAUGAUGAUGAGAGUGUUGAUCCCGAUGACCAAAUCAGCCGAAUGUCACGCUGUGAUGGUGUUGCAAAUGGUGGAUUGAAGAGAGAGUGCUGGAAUCGUUCUUCUUUUUGUCGGUCCCAGCUUAGCGUUCCUUUCAGUGGAGGUCAGACUCAGAGACAACCAAAAUGUGGUGUACUGAAUAAUGCACAAUUUGGUCCUAAAAGUAAGUUAUCAGUGUAUGCUUCUCCCUCUACUGUGGGAGGCUCUGCUCUUGCCUUGCAUUAUGCAAAUGUGAUAAUUGUUAUUGAGAAGUUGCUCCGAUACCCUCAUUUAGUUGGUGAAGAGGCUAGGGAUGAUUUGUAUCAGAUGUUACCAACAAGUAUGAGAAUGGCUCUAAGGACUAAUCUCAAGUCCUAUGUCAAGAAUUUGGCCAUCUAUGAUGCUCCAUUGGCUCAUGAUUGGAAAGAGACCCUUGAUGGGAUACUCAGGUGGCUUGCUCCACUGGCACAUAACAUGAUCCGAUGGCAAAGCGAGCGUAAUUUUGAGCAACAGCAGAUUGUGACACGGACCAAUGUUCUUCUGCUUCAGACACUGUAUUUUGCCAAUAGGGAAAAGACUGAAGCAGCUAUCUGCGAGCUUCUAGUAGGGUUGAAUUAUAUAUGUCGUUACGAGCACCAGCAAAAUGCAUUGUUAGAUUGUGCAAGCAGUUUUGAUUUGGAGGACUGCUUGGAGUGGCAGUUGCAAUGUGGAGCUUCUUACCUUAAUUGAUUUCAUUGUUGAAAUUUGUUUACCUGUAGAGGCUGUAGUGUUGUAGAGCGUUUGUCUUGGCUUCCUCAAUUCUUAUCUGAAUACACGGAUGGAAGUUCAACAGGAUGUGGAUAUCUGAGCUGUCCUUCAGAUUGCAUUACAUGAUGGAACUCAGUGUUGAUAAAUGCACUUAGUUUAAAGAUGUUUGGUAUAACAGGGUUUUUUAUCAGUUCCAAUGUGUUGCUCCGUGCUCCUGAAAAGAAGUGCCAUAUGAGCAUGCUGUUCCUUAAAGUAAGCAAGGAAUAUGAAGGUAGAUGGCCAAGUAUUCAGUGUCUGGAGCAUGCAAAAGGGUUGCAAUCAUUGUUUUUGGGCACUCCUGAAAAUAAGUGGAUCCAUUUCAGUCAACAACAGUGGCCACUGUGUUAACUCAAGAAACCUGGCAUUUCCAC